UUAUUAACUUGUUUUGUCAGAAUUAGUGUGUACUUAGUAAUGAGAUCCUGGGUGCUUUAGGAUUGUAAAAGUCUUCAUGAGACGUACCACCGAAGAUGAGGUUGAGAUACUUGCCACUUAUUCUCAUCUUAAUUAUCUCAGGAGAACUCUAUGCAGAAGAGAAACAGUGUGAUUUUCCUACCGUGGAAAAUGGAAGGAUUGCCCAGUAUUACUAUACGUUUAAAAGCUUUUACUUCCCAAUGAGCAUAGACAAAAAACUGUCAUUCUUCUGUUUGGCUGGCUAUGCAACCGAAAAUGGGAAACAGGAAGAGCAAAUCAGGUGUACAACAGAAGGCUGGUCUCCAAGGCCAAGGUGCUUCAAAAAAUGCCUGAAGCCUGAUCUAAGGAAUGGCUAUGUCGCUGACGGGAAAGUGCUGUACAAAAUUCAAGAGACUAUGCGCUACGGUUGCACUUCAGGAUACAAGACCACUGGAGGAAAGGAUGAGGAGGUGGUCCAGUGUCUCUCUGAAGGGUGGUCUUCUCAGCCAUCCUGCAGGAAGGAGCAAGAGACCUGUUUGGCCCCUGAGUUGGAUCACGGAAAUUAUUCUACGACGGAGAGAACCUUCAAAGUAAAGGAGAAAGUGCAGUACACAUGUGCUGCUGGCUACUACACCCCUGCAGGGAGGCAGGCUGAGGAAGCAGAGUGCUAUGCACACGGGUGGUCCCGCAUGCCACAGUGCAACAAGUUAAUGUGCCCUUCUUUGAGAUUAAUAGAAAAUGGCUAUUUUCAUCCUGUAAAAAAAACCUAUGAAGAAGGUGAUGUAGUUCAAUUUUUCUGUCAUGAAAAUUAUUACCUAAGUGGAUCUGACUUAAUUCAGUGCUAUAACUUUGGCUGGUAUCCAGAAUCUCCCAUAUGUGAAGGAAGAAGAAAUCGAUGUCCUCCUCCACCCGUGCCUCUAAAUUCCAAAAUUCAACCACAUUCAACAACUUACCGUCAUGGAGAGACAGUUCGUGUAGAAUGUGAGAUUAAUUUUGUGAUUCAGGGUUCAGAAGAACUACUCUGUGAAAAUGGAAAGUGGACAGAACCUCCAAAAUGUAUCGAAGAAAAGGAGAAGGUAGCUUGUGAGCAACCACCAUCCAUUAAGAAUGGAGCUGCACUCCCACACCCACACUCUGAGAUUUACUACAGUGGGGAUAAGGUGACAUACAGGUGUGAAGGGGGCUACCAACUCCAAGGAUCAAGUACAGUAACUUGUCAUCGUGGCCGAUGGACGCCGCCCCCUGAGUGUGUUGAAAACAAUGAGAACUGUAAGCCCCCACCGGUCAUCGCGAACGGUUCUGUCGUUGAUGGGCUGCUGGAGAGUUACACAACAGGAUCCGCAGUGGAGUACAGAUGCAAUGAGUAUUACUUAUUGAGGGGAUCAAAAACAUCUCGCUGUGAAGAAGGGAAGUGGUCCUCUCCACCCGUUUGCUUGGAGCCGUGCACUAUUGACGUGGAUCACAUGAACAGGAAUAACAUACAGAUGAAGUGGAAAUAUGAGGGCAAGAUUUUACAUGGAGACCUAAUAGACUUUGUGUGUAAACAGGGAUAUGACUUGUCUCCAAGAACACCACUGUCUGAGGUAUCCGUGCCCUGCGAUAGAGGAGAUGUGAGAUACCCCGUGUGUGUUAGAACAGAAUCUAAAGGGAUGUGUGCAUCUCCUCCUCCAGAGAUAAGAAAUGGAGAUAUUGUUAGUUCAGCGGCCAGCACCUAUGAAAACGGCUCCUCAGUAGAAUACCGGUGUUUUGAAAACUAUUUCCUACAGGGGUCUCAGGAGGCCUAUUGUGUAGACGGAGCGUGGACUACACCACCGUCGUGUUUAGAGCCUUGCACGCUAUCAUUUGUUGAAAUGGAUAAGAACUAUUUACAGCUGAAAUGGAAUUUUGACAACAGACCACUCAUUCUCCAUGGCGAGUAUAUUGAAUUUAUUUGUAGGAGGGAUGCAUAUAUAAAUGAAACAAUUAUGACUGAGUCUGAACUUCGAGUGCAGUGUGAUAGGGGAAGGCUAAAAUACCCAAGGUGUACUCCAAGAUAAAGGAGUCUAUCUUUUCAAGAAGCUUUAAGGACAUAAAAACAAAUGGAAGAAAAGCAAGGAAUAUUCCAACGUAUCAUGAAUCCAGCAUCAGAUAAUUUUAGGAAGACUGCACUGAGUUCAGUGCCCUGCAGCUUUACUUCUGCAUAA